AUGGAACUAUUUCUAUACAAUGUUUAAACAUAGUGCAUUAGGUGGAUUGUGACGGAAAACACUAUUAAAGACACUGGAUAUAGAUACAAAUUCACAUUAUUGGUAAUAGUAUGUUGUCGUAUUUGAAGGAAUAAAUUCACAGAGAAUGUUUACUUAAUAUCAAAACUCGAGAGAACAUUGAAAAAAGAGAAAUGACGUCUCCGUCUACUACUCAAGAGGUUGUCGUCCAUGUAAAUGGAAACGUCAAUGAAAAGUCCAAUGGAAUAUCAAAUGGAGUGCAUUUCAACGAAACACGUACUGAAGUGACAGCGGUGACGGACAAGAAACCAACACUAGGAAUUUUUGGAUUGUUUAAAUAUGCUGGCAAGAUAGAUAUUGUGAUAUUAUUACUGGGAACAUUAUUUGCCAUGGGACUAGGAACAUGUAUGCCACUGAACCUUCUAGUAUAUGGCAAGGUAGCCAAUGCCUUGAUUCAGUACACAAAUUAUAUAAAUCUGCAAGCAGUACAAAAUAAGACCAGUAUGACUUAUCAGAGAAUAGCUGCACUAGAGGAAUAUUCUGAUGUUUAUAGCAUAGCAAAGGAUUAUGCUUUUUGGUUCAGCAUGAUCGGAGUCGGUGCAAUCAUAACCGGAUUUUUGGCCGUAACUUUAUGGACACUGGCAGCUGAAAGGCAGAUAAAAACAAUUAGACAAUUAUUUUUUAAGUCAGUGAUGAGACAAGAGAUUGGUUGGUUUGAUACUCACGAAAGUGGAGAAUUGUCAACAAGAUUUUCAGAAGAUAUGCAUGUAAUCCUUGAUGGUAUGGGAGACAAAGUGGCCACAAUGAUUCAGUGGAUGACUACAUUCAUUGCUGCCUUUAUCAUUGCCUUCAUAAGUGGAUGGAAAUUAUCAUUGGCUUCUGUAGCUUUUUGUCCUGUACUUGUUGUGGUUGGAGCAUUUAUGACAAGGUGGUUACAAACCAUAUCACGGAAAGAAGCCCAGAGUUAUGCCAGUGCUGGUGCUGUAGCUGAGGAAGUAUUUCUGUCAAUAAGAACUGUCAUGGCUUUCAAUGGGCAGACAAAAGAAUGUGAAAGAUACAACGAAAACCUGAAAGAUGCUAACAGUCAAGCGAUACGGAAAGGAAUCGUAACAGGUCUUGGACAGUCCGUGUUUUGGUUCUUUGUAUAUUCAGCAUUUGCCGUUGCAUUUUGGUAUGGUAUCUAUUUAAUACGGAGUGGUGAGGCUGGAUUUGAAGCAGGAGAAACACUAACUAUAUUUAUGGGAGUAAUGAUAGGCUCAAUGUCACUGGGUCAGGCCUUCCCGACAUUAGAGGUUAUAGGUAAUGCUAGAGGGGCAGCACAGAAAGUGUUUGAAAUCAUUGACCAGAAAUCAGAAAUUGACUUCUCAUCAAAAAAAGGACUCAUACUUGAAAAAGUCGAAGGAAACAUUGGAUUCAAGAACCUACAUUUUAGAUACCCAGCUAGACCAGAUGUUCAGGUUUUGAAAGGAUUGUCACUAGAAGUAAGAAAAGGCCAAACUGUUGCAUUGGUAGGAUCCAGUGGAUGUGGAAAGAGCACAGGAAUCCAAUUGUUACAGAGAUUUUAUAACCCAGAACAAGGGGAGAUUUACUUAGAUGGUGAAAAUAUCAAGGAAUUGAAUGUCAACUGGCUAAGGAAGCAGAUAGGCGUAGUCAGUCAGGAACCAGUUCUGUUCGCCACAACAAUUGCUGAAAAUAUAAGAUAUGGUAGAAUAGAUGUGACACAAGCAGAUAUAGAACAGGCUGUUAAGAUGGCAAAUGCUUACGAUUUCAUAAAACAGCUACCAGAAGGUUUUGAAACACUAGUGGGAGAUCGUGGUGCCCAGUUAAGUGGUGGUCAGAAACAGAGGAUAGCCAUAGCAAGGGCGUUAGUACGAAAUCCUAAAAUCCUUCUCCUGGAUGAAGCUACAUCAGCUCUAGACAAUGAGAGUGAAGGGAUUGUACAGAAAGCAUUAGAAAAGGCCCAGGAAGGCAGGACAACCAUAGUGAUUGCCCAUCGGCUGUCCACUAUAAGAAAUGCUGAUGUGAUUUAUGCAAUAGACCAAGGAGUUAUAAAAGAGAGUGGAACACAUGAUGAAUUAAUGGGGAAGAAAGAAUUGUACCACCAGCUUGUUAUGUUACAAACCAAGCAUCAUGACAAAUCAGAAGCAGUUGUUGAGGAGCUGGAACAUACAUUAUUUACUGACGAAAAUAAUCUGUUGGAGAAAGGCUCAUUGAUUCGUCCACGGACAUUCAGCACAUCCUCAUUGAAAAAUCACAAGCUUCAAUCUCAAGUGUCUGUUGUUAGCUCAGCAAGCGAAAGUGAACAGAAAAAGAAAAAAGAUACCGAAGGUAUCCCAAAUGUUCCAAUGACUAAAAUUUUAAAGAUGAAUGGACCAGAAUGGCAUCUUAUUGUGAUUGGUAUCAUUAUAUCAAUUCUUGCUGGAGGUUCUCAGCCAUUAUUUUCCAUCAUCCUGUCAGAAUUUUUGAAGGUGUUCACAUACGACGAUGACGAAGCAAAGUCUACAUCUGAACUGUUAGUUAUUUAUAUUAUGACCAUAGCUGUUGUUUCAGCUAUUUUUAAAAUGAUCACUUUUGUGACGUUCGGUACAGCAGGUGGAAACUUAACUGCAAGAAUGAGGAAGUUAGCUUUUAAGUCAAUUGUUUGGCAGGAUGUAAAAUUCUUUGAUGACCCUAGAAAUACUGUUGGUUCAUUAACAACUAGACUUUCAUCUGAUGCUGCACUUGUUCAAGGGGCUACUGGAUCCAAGAUUGGCGUAACUCUUGAAGCAUUGGCUACCAUCCUAGUGGCUUUAAGCAUUUCAUUUUACUAUAGUUGGAAGUUAUCACUGGUAACGCUUGGAUUUUUGCCGUUAAUGAUAAUUACUGGAAUAGUUCAAAGUAAAAUCCUGACAGGAUUUGCAAGGGGAGACAAAGACUCUUUAGACCAUGCUGGAAAGAUAUUAUCAGAAGCUAUCGAUAACAUAAGAACAGUGGCAUCACUUACAAGAGAAGAAACAUUCAUAAGACUGUAUAAUGAACAUAUAGACCAUGUUUACAUAUCAUCUAGGAAGAGAUCAGUCGUGAAUGGUUUUGUUUAUGGGUUAUCUAACAGUAUUAUGUUUUUUGCCUAUGCUGGUGCCUUCACCUAUGGAUCUUAUUUAGUUCAGUCGGGAGAACUUGAGUUUCACCUUGUUUUCAGAGUAUUUAUUGCAAUUAUAAUUGGAGGAAUGUACGCCGGUAGAACUUUGUCAAUGUCAAUGGAUUUUAAAAAAGGACAAAUAGCUGCUGCCAGACUAUUUCAUAUCAUAGAAAGAAAGCCUGAUAUAGAUGCACAAGAAGAAAAAGGGGAUACACCAGAUAAAAUUGAAGGAGAUAUUGAGUUUACGAAAGUUAAAUUUCGUUACCCAACUCGGCCAGAUGUACAAGUUCUCAAAGGACUGACUAUUCGGGCCAAACCAGGAGAAACUGUGGCUUUAGUUGGGACAAGUGGUUGUGGGAAAAGUACAACAGUACAAUUGUUGGAAAGGUUUUAUGAUCCUGAAGAGGGUCAAGUGACGUUUGAUGGUACAAAUAUCAAAGAAUUGAAUAUAAACUGGUUACGAUCCAAGAUAGGAAUAGUAUCUCAGGAACCAGUUUUGUUUGAUGCCAGUAUAGCAGGGAAUAUUGCUUAUGGUGAUACAUCACGAACUGUACCUAUGCCAGAGAUCAUUGAAGCAGCUCGAUCAGCAAAUAUACAUACUUUUAUUGAAAAUCUUCCUCAUGGAUAUGAAACGAAUGUUGGUGACAAAGGAACACAACUUAGUGGUGGACAAAAGCAGAGAGUUGCAAUAGCAAGGGCUUUAGUGAAGAAUCCUAAAAUACUUCUACUGGAUGAAGCAACAUCAGCAUUAGAUACAGAAAGUGAACGGGUCGUUCAGGAGGCUCUAGAUAAAGCUCAACAGGGACGGACAUGCUUUGUUAUAGCUCAUAGACUAUCCACCAUCAAAAACUCUAAUAAAAUAGCCAUCAUACACAAAGGAGAGGUUGUAGAGUUAGGAAACCAUGCAGAACUUAUGGCAUUUAAAGGAAUUUAUUACAAAUUAAGUACCCACAAUCAAGGGAAAUGAGUGGAUGUAACCAAACCAUUCCCUGAUGCAUCCAACUUCAGUGAAGAAUGCUUUUAAGGACUGCUGACAAAAAUACUAACAAUAUUGAGAAUAUUGACAAACUAUUUAUAAUCAGUAUUAUAGUAUUUAUUUGUAAUUGACGCGAAAGUCAACCUGUUUUCUAAACUUUGACAGCAACUAUUAAAUGUUAUAGAUUCUUGCUAGAAUGGCUCAAUUGAAGUUUCAAAUGUGAAAUAUAAAACAGUUCAGCAAUUAAGAAUUUCUUGUUCCUAAAUUUUAUGUUAGUACAUGUAGCUGACAAUUACUCAUGCCUCAGAUAUAUUGCAUUGAUAUUUUGUGUUAAAUGUUUGUUUAGGAUUGUCAGCAUUUUGAUCUGUCUGUGCAAUAUAAAUGACUUGUGCGGUAGAAUGCUUUCCACAAAAAAAAAAAUACUAUAAAUAUCUGCAGGUUAAAAAUGUUGGUGGCUAUUUUAUAUCUGAUAGGAACACAUAAAUUUGGUAUCCAUUUCAUUAACAGGAACUUUUUUUUAUCAGCUACAGUAACUAUAAGUAAAUGGUCAAUUAUAUUUAAGUCUAUAGAAUCACUUACAGUUGCCAAUAACUUGCAUAUAAAUAAAGUAUUUUGUAAUGAAACAGCAGAUGCGGAUCUAGGAUUUUGAAAAAGGAGGGGGCCCGGGCCCCCAUACUAGACAAAUGCCUAUGUGCCCCUGGAGAUGUGUUACAAAAAUGUACGCAGCGUGUUCGGUUAUUAAAAAAAGAAUGUCAACAUUUAAAAGUUAAAAAAAGGAGCCACCAGGAAAAACAUUCCGACAAUAAGUUUACCCGGGUCGUAUCUAAAUUUCCUAGCUCGGCAAACAGCAUCUCCGUAAAAAUUAGGAUAUGCUAUCCCGUUUGAAAUAAAUUUUCUACAGGUACAUCCAAACUGCCAAACCAAUUCUUUGCAUUGAUGGAAUUACCAAUUCAGGGGCAGCAACCCAACAACGGGUUGUCAGAUUCAUCUGAAAAUUUCAGGGCAGAUAGAUCUUGACCUGAUAAACAAUUUUACCUCAUGUCAGAUUUGCUCUAAAUGCUUUGGUUUCAGAGAUAUAAGCCAAAAUCUACAUUUUAUCCCUAUGUUCUAUUUUUAGCCAUGGCGGCCAUCUUGGUUGGUUGACCGGAUCACCGGACACAUUUUUUAAACUAGAUACCCCAAUGAUAAUUGUGACCAAGUUUGGUUAAAUUUGACCCAGUAGUUUCAGAGUAGAAGAUUUUUGUAAAAGUUAACAGACGACGCCGGACGACGACGACGACGACGACGACGGACGACGGACGCAAAGUGAUGAGAAAAGCUCACUUGGCCCUUCGUGCCAGGUGAGCUAAAAAGGGAACUUCGUCAUAUUUUUGUACACAAACGAAAAUUAUAUGACCGAGGAAAACAAAGAUCAAAACAUCAAUACUGGCAUUCAAUGCAGUAGUUAAUCAAUUCGCAAGGAAACCCAAAGGAAUUUUGGGGGAAAUUGGAAGGAUCGGCGUAGGGAGCGAGCGACAAAAAACUAUUCCAAUGGAGAUUAAAUCAAAAGAUGAAUCAAUUAGUGAUGAUAGAAGUACGGUUAAUAAUAAAUGGAAAUGUGAUUUUGAGGAAAUGUUAAAUAAAAAUAGCGAUAAUAGUAAUGAAAUAGAAAAUUGUAUAUUGAAAUAAUUUGUGAUAUGAAGUUUUAGAUGGUGAAAUUACCACUAGCGAAGUGUAUCAUAUAUGAUAAAAAUAUCAAAAUGUGGAAAAGCUCCGGGCGUUGAUGAUAUUCCAGUUGAAUUAUAUAAAAAUCCUACAGCAUUCAAUGCGCGUACCCGUGUAUUUAAUAUAUUUUUUUGAUUGUUAUGAUUCCGGUAAACGGUACCAGCUAUGUGGAGUAAAUAUAGCAUUAUACCGAUCCCCUUGAGUCAUCUACGUCAGAUCCCAGAGAUCCGAAGUCAUGUAGAAGAAUAAGUCUAGCACCAGUGGCAUAUUGUAGUGUUCUUAAAGCUAAUCUGACAGGAAAACUUACAAAUCUUGAAGCAACCAACGACAAACACAAUGGUUUUAGAAAUAACCGUUGUACCAUAGACCAUCAAUCAACUUGAACCACCAUUGUUGAAACGAAAAAGCUAUGUAAACUUUCAGCGUUCUGUGCAUUUAUAGAUUUUAAAAAAGCAUACGAAUUGGUAAAUUGUAAAUUGUUGUUUUGUUAAUUAGAAUCUUUAGGUUUAAGUACAAAAAUGUUAAAUGCUUUACCUUCUUUAUAUUAUAAUAUUUUUAUAAGAUUAAUGGCAAUUUGAUGGAUUGGUUUGGAGUAAAUUCUGAUCUAAAACAAGUUGUAUAUUAUCGCCGUUGUUAUUUGAUAUUUUCAAAAAUAACUUAAUUGAUGACAUUAAGAGAUUAGAUAUUGGUAUAAAUGUAAAUUGCGACAGUUGUACAGUAUUUAUUGAUAUAAUAGAAAAAAUACCCCUUCCGUCUGCCAUCUGCCUCCUGCUCACCAAGGGGAGGUGGAGUGGGAUUUCGAGCAGGAUAAAGUUAUUGUGAAAGUUUCUAAAACUAUAUACAUCACACGUAAAAUAACACUUUACAGAAGAGGAACGUAGUUACUAUUUUUGCAUCCAUGUAAGGUCACAGUACAUCCGCUAAAAACAUUUCGGGAAGCACUCGAAAGUUCCGUCAAUGAAUUUUUCUGUUAUAUCAUUUCACAUACAUUGCAAAUUCACAUGGCUUGCAAAAAUAAUUAUUCCGCUUUCAAUGUAAUUCACAAGCAAGAAAUUUUGAUGGUCAUGAAGCUGAUGGUAAUGUGCAAAAGAUCCAUCUUUUCAUAACAGAAGUGUUUAAUUCAAUGAGCUCAACAUACGUAUAUACAUGUAUACAUAUAACAUGAGCAUUAUUAUACUAAUUGAACACCACUUAGCUGCUACGCAAGUUGGCCGGUUGGGUUAACUUAAGUAUCGGUAAUUAUCUAAAAUGUACCACAUCUUACCUGUUCAAAUUUAAAUUGGCGCAAAUGAAAAAUUAAUAAUUGGCGCAAACGAAAACUUUUGUUUUGGCGCAAAUGGAAAAAAAACAAAUAUUUUCAUAAUUGGCGCAAAUAUGACCCGAAAAUUGUUCGUUCAAAGUUCACUUUCAGAAUUUUGUAUGUUUUUAUAAUUCAUGCUUUUUAUUAUCAUUCCGAGUCGUCAUUGGUUUUUAAUAAUGCAAUGGUUCAUUGUAUAGUACACUAUUCAAAAGUUACUUGUAUUUUACACUUAACUAUAAUUCAGAUGAGAACAUUGACUUUUCAUUUACUUGCAAAUGUAUACUUUUACCUUUACGAUCAUUAUUACCGACAAUGUUCCAUACAAUGCCUUUUCAAGUAUCGAAAUAAUCUACACUUUGCGUUUUUGUUAAAAUAAAUAUCGAGUAAAAGCGACAUUUUGAUAAAUGGUCACAUUCAAAUAGAUGUAUUCAAAGAUGUGUACAUAUAUAUUUAUAUAGUGCUACAGAGAUAGUUCGGACAAAUGUUCCUGAAACUUAAAAUAUGUAGUAACAGAGUUCAAAUUGGAGAGAAACUCCGGGAUAUUCUUGAUAUUCAUUCCAGGUGGAAAGAGAGGUGGUGAUGAAAACAGAUUUAUUUGACAAAACAAUUAUUCUAUGCAAUGACAAUACUUAUAUAUAUAUUUACUGAUUUUUUUUAUAUAAACAUUAUUUUAUGAGUACCGCAUUUCUGUGAAAGAGACACAGUAUUCAUUUAAUUGCGUUAUUUGCAUGGUGGCAAAUAUUACAUAGCUGCAUAUAGACAAGUUGUUCGUUUUAUUCUUAUUGCUUCGUGAUAUAUUCGUGUUGGUAUUUAGACACACUUAGUUCAAUAACAUGCACAUUAUAAAGAAAUUUCGACAAAUGUUCGUAAUAGCACGCUUGUAAAUAAGAUGUACAUAUAAUUGUUCGUUUAUACUUUUUUGCAUUUUGAAAUAUUAUUCGUUAAUAAUUUAUACAUGCUGAUACGGGAGUAUCAGAUAGGGAGCGACGGGGUAAUAUGACCCGAAAAUUGUUCGUUCAAAGUUCACUUUCAGAAUUUUGUAUGUUUUUAUAAUUCAUGCUUUUUUUUUAUCAUUCCGAGUCGUCAUUGGUUUUUAAUAAUGCAAUAGUUCAUUGUAUAGUACACUAUUCAAAAGUUACUUGUAUUUUACACUUAACUAUAAUCCUUUAAUUCAUUUAAAUUAAUUAUCAAAGAUUUAUAUCCGUCUUUAUGAUAAAAGAUUGUGUAACAAAGAAUAUAGAUAAAUUGACACUAAGUGAUAACUGCCGAAAGCCAUUCUUCACAAACUUAUACGAAACAUGUUUUUAAUCCGUAAUCCCCGCUUUCGGCAAAACGCGAUUUAUAAUAUUUGAUAACAAGAUAUUUUGAUUGGUUCCUUUUCCGCAUGUCAAGCAGUCUUUUAAUUUGUAUUUUAUAUUUGUUUUUAUGUUGUUAUUCAGUUAUGUUUUAAUGAUUGAAGUAUAUGGAUGCGAAAUAAAUAUGAAAACUUU